CGUCAGCCACAAUGACGUCCAGCACCAGUGUGAUCCAGGUGACGAACGUGUCGCCGAGCAGCACCGCGGAGCAGAUGCGAACCCUGUUCGGCUUCAUCGGAACCAUCGACGAGCUCAGACUCUUUCCUCCAGAUUUUUUCCCUGGUUCUGCACGUCCUGUAAACCAGGCCCAGCAGAAAAUGCCACCCAACAGUUUUGUCUCCUGCAGCUUGUCUCUCUCUCAUAUUCUCUCUCUCUCUCUCUCUCUCUCUCUCUCGUGUGUGUGUGUGUGUGUGUGUGUGUGAGAGAGAUGUAUUAAUUCCAGAGGCUCUCACCAAACAUUAAGUCGUUUAACUCUAGUUCUGUUCCUCUUCAGCAUUUGACACACACACAGAGUUUAGUUUUAGAAGUUUAUUCUGUUUCAGAUCAGCUUUAGCUCGUAAAGCGAUGUUAUUUGCAUUGGUAAUGCGAAGCAGCCGACCUGAAUCGCUUGUUCAUUAUACCACUUAUGAAACUUGAGAGCACAUCCCAGUGGAGAUCCGGCUGUGCUUGCUUACAUUUGGUUCAUGACUUAAAAAAUCAAGUUCAGGAGUGAUUCCUGACGAAUCCAAGGCUCUGUCGCUGCUGGCUCCAGCCAAUGCCGUCGCAGGAUUGCUGCCCGGAGGCGGGCUCCUCCCGACACCCAACCCCGUCACAUCUAUGGGUGGUGUUUCUCUUGGAGGUCUUGGAGGGCCGAACUUGGACCCCAUGGCAGCUCUGGCCCUGGCGGCACCCAAUAUAAACACUCAGGCUUUGUCAGCCGAGCAGCUUAUGAAGCUGAUGGCAUCCAUAGACCCCAAGCUGAAUCAUCUGGCCUCGGGGCUCAACCUGAGCUCUGGACUGAAGACAGACUCCAACAAAGAGAUCGAAGAAGCCAUGAAGAGAGUGAGAGAAGCGCAGUCUCUGAUCUCCGCCGCCAUCGAGCCCGGAAGUAAGAAGGAUGAUAAACGCAAGCGCUCCAGGUCCAGAUCCCGGCGCAGGAGGUCCAGGUCCCGCUCCAGACACAGGAGGUCUAAGAGUCACUCCAGACGCAGAUCUGGCUCCAGGAGCAGGAGGAGGUCCAAGAGCCCCAGGAGGAGGAAGUCUCACUCCAGGGACCGCGGCAGACGCUCCAGGUCCAGAGAUCGGAGGAAGGAUGACAAGAGCAGAAAACGUUCAAAGACUCCACCCAAGAGCUACAGCAGCGCCAGACGCUCUCGCAGCACCAGCCGCAAGCGGCACAGGAGAAGUCGCAGCGCGUCUCGAUCACCGAAGAAGUCACGAUCUCCCAAGAGGAAACUGUCCCGCUCGCCGUCUCCUCGCAGACACAAGAAAGAGAAAAAGAAGGACAAAGACCGUGAGCGAGACCGGAAGGACGACUGGGACAGAAAUCGGGACAAAAGAGAACGUUCCGACAGCAAGAAGAGCAAAGACAAGGACCGAGACAGAGACAGAGACAGGAAGUCCGACAGCGAGAAGGGAGAUGUGAAGGUGACCAGGGACUACGACGAGGAGGAGCAGGGCUACGACAGCGAGCACGAGAGGAACUCGGACGCCGUCUCGUCGCCGCACGCUAAAGAGCUCCGAGCGGACAGCGCAGGCCGCGGAGAGUCAGACGGACACAGUGAAGACCAGCGAGACGAAGACAUGGACAUGAGCGACUGAAGCGGUGUUCCAGUUCAGACCGGAUCAUUCCUUCGAGUUUCAGAAUCUGCUGUGUGUUCUAGAGCGGUUUCUUCUCUCGCGGAACGAUCUUUUCCUGUAUAUUUAGUGUAGGCUAUGUCUGUUAGCAGUUUCUAUUUAAAGAAAUCACCCUCUAAUUAAAAGUGCUUGGAUAACAUUGUCAAGCCUUGUUUUUUUUUUUUUGUUUUUUUUUUUAAAUGGAAUUGCGUUUGUUUUUUAUAGUUAGCCUGAGUUGGUUUGUCAUUUUAAACUCGUUUGUGGAAUUUCGCGUAAACUGAAUAACUUUUUUUCUUGCGGGUCAUUCACAGUCUGUUUUUCUGUAGUGAACUCGCAAGACUGUAGUUUGCGAAGAAAAUGACUUCUGUGUACUGUUUGCGAUGUUAUGAAUUUAAAAUAAAACUUCGUAUAAAAU